CGCUAUUCACCCCCCCUCUAGCGUUGGGCCUUUAUUCUAACAAUUGGUAUCAGAGCCUUACUCUCUGUAAGACUUAAUCGUUUGAGAGAAACGAUCAAUGGCUUCUACUCAAAGUUCAUACGCAGGUUUAGGUGAAGGGCAAUCCACCACAAGGCCUCCGUUGUUUGACGGAACGAACUACACCUAUUGGAAGGAGCGGAUGAGGAUUUACAUCCAAUCCACAAAUUUUCUCCUUUGGAGAAUUAUCAAGAAUGGUGAAGACGUGCCAAUGAAGAAGGUCGGGGAAACCAACAUUCCUAAGACCGAGAACGAGUAUGAUGCACAAGACAUCAAGAAAGUGGAAAACAAUGCCAAGGCCAUCAAUAUCAUCUAUUGUGCCGUAAACCCGGAUGACUACCGGAAGAUAUCUUGUUGCACCACCGCGAAGGAAAUGUGGGAUAAACUAGAAAUCACAUACGAAGGUACGGAUCAAGUCCGAGAAGCUAAAAUUGAUUUUCUAACCCAUGAAUAUGAAUUGUUUCGUAUGAAGGAGAAUGAGAAAAUCGAUGAGAUGUUUGAACGAUUCUCCAAAAUCGUCAACGAUCUCCAUGCUCUCAAGAAGACGUACACGGACAAGGAGCUUGUGAGAAAAAUCCUGCGAAGUCUCACACCGGAGUGGCGGUCCAAAGCCGAUGCCAUCCAAGAGUCCAUUGGUGUCACCAACGUCACCAUUGACGGGCUUAGAG